AACGAGACGCGUGGGCCAGAAAAUUCCGAUCGAGGUUGACAUCGGUCACCAUUUUGGCUUUUGUGCCACGUCAUUAUUCGUUGGCGUUGAUUUCUUUGCCAGCCAUAAGGAAGUGUUUGUGUUUCUAGAAUUUUCGUGUGCAAUCAUGGAGAAGACAUCGCAUUUGAGCGGCCUGUCUUGUGACGUCACUGAAGCCAUUCAAGUCAACGAGACUAACGACGACGCCUUUCUGGGAGACACGCUGUCAUUGUCUCAGUUCAAUGUGGGUCGCGAAAUAGGCAAAGGACAAUUUUCUCAGGUUUACUCGGCUACGUUUCUGCCAUGCCCGUCCCGUAGAGUCGCCAUCAAACGUGUCGAACUGCUAGAAAUGGUGGACUCAAAAGCCCGGGCCGACUGCGUCAAGGAGAUCCAGCUGCUCAAGCAAUUGAAACAUCCCAAUGUGGUGCGCUAUCUGGGCUCCUUCGAAGAAAACCAAUCCGGCCAACUGUUGAUCGUUUUGGAGCUAGCAGGUGCUGGAGAUCUAGCGAAAUUUCUCUUCAGCUGUCAACGUAACGCGAGACUUAUGACAGAGCAAGCGAUUUGGCGGAUCUUCGUUCAAAUUGCAUCGGCACUGGAACACAUCCACUCGAGGCGAAUUGUACAUCGCGACAUUAAGCCAGCCAACGUCUUCUUGACAUCAGACUUGACCGUGAAACUGGGAGACCUGGGCCUUGGACGUUUCUUCAGCAGUAAAACAUUCGCGGCGCAUUCACUCGUUGGAACUCCAUACUAUAUGAGCCCUGAGCGACUCAAUCAAUGCGGUUACGAUUUUUCCUCGGAUAUUUGGUCGCUGGGGUGUCUCCUUUAUGAGAUGGCGGCGCUCCAACCUCCUUUCAAUUGCUUCAAGUCAAACUGGAACGCGCUCCGCCAAAAUAUCGAACGCUGCGAAUAUCCACCACUGCCGUCCGAUCGCUACAGCGUUGAUAUGCGGCACUUGGUAGGAUCUUGUUUACAACGCGCUCCGACUGAACGCCCGAAUGCCCAGCAAGUUUUCUGCAUAGCCAAAACAUUGCACGUUCGAUCGAUGGUGGCCAAAUUUCCAGCGACCGAUCCUUCAUUAUCCCGUCGCCACACAUUCACGGAUUGAGCGAGAGCGAUCCUUCUUUAUUAUUGGAGAUUAUAUUUUUGCCAUUAAUGUUGUGUCAGUGUAUAUACUAGGGGCUGUGCGGGGGAGAAGAAGCUAUAGGAUUUAUGAUGUAGAAUUUUAAAAGUAGAUCAUCACAUUCAGAAGUAUAGAUCCCUUUUCUGUGAAACAACAACAACAACAGCCGGCGUUAUACCGACGCUUUCUUGAUGCGGUGACUGGAAAUUAGGUGAAAGCUCGGACGAUUUGGUCACUGUGAGUAAGUUUCGGUCUGUGUGUCUCUGUAUAUCUGAAUAUCUCUUGCGUCGGUGAAUGGGUUCCGAACCGCACGAUUACUGGAUUUACGAUCCUUGUCGGUUUUUUUUUCUUUCCUACAUAAUUUAUUUUAUUUUUGUGUCUUCCGAUGUCAUUUUUGUUUUUUCUUAUUCCUGGUCGUAACGAACUUUUUGUGUCAUUUUACGUGAAGGAAAAAUGUAAUAAUCUUUUGGAUGUACAAUAUAGCAGAGUUUUUGUCUGUAAUAUUAAAUUAUAUGAUCUUCGUGUGUUGGUGUUCACGUGGCCAUCCAACCAAAUGAGAAACGAGCGA